CGGGCCGCAUUCCACGGACCACACGUGGUUUGGUCCAAUUUGUCUACUGGAGAGAAGCAAAAUGCGUAUCAAGUACCUCAAAUCCUUUCUACCAGCUCAGAACCAUGGAUCGAAAAUCACAGCUUUGGCGUGGUCACCAAACAACAUUAAACUGGCCGCCUGCAACUCGGAUAGAGUAAUUUUACUUUUCGACGACAACGGAGACAAAAAAGACAAAUUUGCAACAAAACCUGCAGAUCCAAAAUCUGGUAAAAGUAGCUAUGCGGUCACAGGUCUUGCCUUUUCGCCAGAUUCCACCAAGAUCGCAGUGGCCCAAAGCGACCACAUGGUCUAUGUAUACAGGAUUGGCGAGGAUUGGGGCGAGAAGAAGGUGAUUUGCAAUAAAUUCAGCCAGAGCAGCGCGGUGACUGCGAUCGUGUGGCUGUCGGAAGGCUUCCUUGUCUGCGGUUUGUACGACGGCAAAGUAAGGGAGUGCGUCCUCAAAGCCAACAAAGCUCGCACCCUUUACGCUGGAAACUCGAUGGUCGUCGCCCUCACCCCUAAUACAAGAGGAACUGGAUUCUUGUCAGGGCACAUUGACGGCACCAUAGCAAGAUAUUAUAUGACCGAAGAUGCUUUUAUGGAGCAGCAGGGUCGAAUUGCUCAGCACUCUGUUCCACCUUACGCCCUCGCCUGGCCAAACACGGGCCACGUGAUAGCAGCAGGGUGCGAUAAACGCAUUGUUGUGUACGAAAAAGAGGGUCAGGUCGCACAAUCUUUUGACUUUUCGCGAGAACCGCAGGAGAGAGAAUUCACGGUGGCGUGCAACGCUCCGAGCGGGCAGGCGGCCGCUUUUGGGAGCUACGAUAAGUUGAGGAUUUUGUACUGGGACCUGCGGAAAAACGAGUGGGUUUACGAAACGAAGGACGUAAAAAACCUGUACUCGGUCAGCGCCCUUGCCUGGAGAAGGGACGGAUCGAAAUUGGCGUGCACUGGACUUUGCGGUUCCAUUGAGGUUUUCGAGUCAGUUUUGAAGCGAACAGUAUGGAGAAACAAAUUCGAGAUGAUCUACGUCGCACCGAGUCAAGUUUUAGUGCGACCGUUGCACGGUGACCAGCCCCGAGGGGUCAUUCUGAGGUCAAAGUACGGUCACGAAAUCUCGGAGGUGCGGAUCGCUGGCUUGAACGACCAAUUCCUGAUCGCCCGCACCUCGCACUCCAUUCUGCUCGGGGACAUGACGCGGAAUCUGCUGAGCGAAGUGCCCUGGGUGUCUCCUUUGGGCAAUGAAAAGUUUUCCUUUGACAAUCCGACCGUCUGUUUGGUCUUUCACGCCGGCGAACUGAGUCUGGUCGAGUACGGAAACAACAGUGUUUUGGCCUCGGUGCGCACGGAAUUCAUGAAUCCGCAUCUCAUCAGCGUUCGAAUUAACGAGAGACAAAUGCGGGACGAGGAAAAUAAGAAACUGGCCUACUUGCUUGACUUGAAAACCGUCAGCAUUGUUGAUUUGAUAAGUGGCUCAGUCGUGGGUCAAAUGUCGCACGACGCGAGAAUCAACUGGCUCGAGCUGAGCGAACCGGCCGACAAACUGCUUUUCCGCGACUCGAAGCUGCGUCUGUGGCUUCUACCCCUGGCGAACCACCCCCGAGCGUGGCACAAAAUCGCCCUUUUGGCGAACUGCUCUUUCGUUCAGUGGGUCAGCGGCAGUGACGUUGUGGUCGCCCAGUCGGGCUCGGUGCUCUGCGUCUGGUACAAUUUGGACUCGACUGACGGCGCCACGCAGGUGCCCAUCAAGGGUGACGUCGUCGAGGUCACCAGGGACGAGGGCAAGACCGAGGUGGUUGUCGAAGAGGCUAGAGGUCAGAAGGUCGCGUACGCCCUGGAUGAAGGAAUGGUCGAGUUCGGGACGGCCCUUCAGGACGGAAAUUUUGAAAGGGCGCUGAAAUAUCUGGAAUCACUUUCACCAAAUGAUGAUGCUCAAGAGACUAUGUGGAGGUCAUUGGCCGCUAUGGCACAGUCUGGGGGUCAAUUGAAAAUAGCACACAGGUGUUAUGAACACCUGGGAAAUAAGGCCAGGGCAGCAUAUCUGGAAAAGACGAUAAAAAUUGCUGAGGAAUUUGCUGGGAAAUUUGGUGGCGAUGGAUUGAAUUGUCCAGAGGUUCAAACGAGGCUGUUAAUGUUGGAUAAGCAAUUCAGGGCGGCCGAGGAGGUUUACCUUCAGUCAGGUGACGUUAGCUCGGCCAUCAGGAUGUACGAGCAAUUCUGCAUGUACGAAGAAGCGCUUGACGUGGCAGAGAGAUAUGGAAGCCCUGAGCAAGGCGCCCUGAGACAAAAACUGGACAAGUGGUACUUGGAGACGAUGCAGGAGGAUAAAGCCGGGGAGCGGAAAGAACAGGAGGGACUCUAUGUAGAGGCCGUCGACCUUUACCUCAAGGCGGAAAUGCCCAAAAAAGCCUCAAGGACCCUUUUGAAGGAAACGUCGCUUCUACAGGACGAGAUGCUUGUUGGAAAAGUGGCGAAUGCCCUCGGCAAGGCGGGUCAGAUGGACUUGGCCGGCGACCUUUGGAGUCGUGUCUCAAGACAGGACAAGGCCCUUGAGUGCUACAAAAAAGGCGGCGCCUUUGCCAAGGCCGUACAAAUCUGCCGGGACACGCGUCCGAACGACGUGGUCAAACUGGAGGGCGAGUGGGCCGAGUACCUGAUGGGCCAGCGACAGUUCGACGCGGCCAUCAGCCACUUCAUCGAGGCGGGACACACGGCCAAGGCUCUCGAGGCUGCCAUAAAAGCCGGCCAGUGGAAAAAGGCCAAGCAAAUUAUCGAGGUCAUUGAGGACAAAAAGGGGGUUAAAAAGUACUUCAAUAUUUUGGGGAAGCACUUUGCGGCAGAGAAGGACUAUCGAAACGCGGAGAAUAUGUUUUUGGAAGGGGGAGCGGUGACCGAGGCUGUGGAAAUGUAUUCAAAUACAGCUCAAUGGGAAAAGGCUUGGAAAGUGGCCACCAAGCACAUGUCCAAAGAGGAAGCGGCCAAAGUGCUGAACAUUCCUGCUGAGAAAAUGAUCGGUGCUGGCAAAUUCCGAGAAGCGGAAAAACUUUUGCUGGUGAUGGGCCAGGCAGGCAGGGUGGUGGAAAUGUACCGCGAGCACAAACGUUAUGACGAGAUGUGCCGAGUGGCGAGUACUCACCUUUCGGUGGACGAGUGCAAGCAGUUGCAGCAGGUGGCGGCGGCCGAGUUGCAGGCGAGCAAGGCCUGGCGCGCCUCCGAGAAGCUCCUGUGCACGGCCGGCGACUGGAAGGCGGCCGUCGCCAUGUACAGGGCGCAGGGCAUGUGGGACGAGGCGCUCAGGGUGGCCAAGAGUCAGGGCGGCACCUCCGCGUGGCGCAACAUCGCCUUCCUCUGGGCCAUGGAGCUCGGCGGGCAGGCGGCGGUCAAACUGCUCGACAGACUCGCCCUCCUCGACUUCGCCAUCGAACACGCCUGCGACAAUUACCAGUUUGAAUUUGCGUUUGAUUUGAGUCGCCAAGCUCAGCCUGCGAAAAUGAGUGAUAUUCAUUACAAAUACGCUCUCGCCCUGGAAGACGACGGAAAAUUCCAGGACGCAGAGGAGCAUUUCAUCAAGUCUGGCAAGCCAAAGGAGGCCGUUCAUAUGUACGUCCACGGUCAGAAUUUUGAAAAGGCGCUGAAAAUCGCAGAAGAGUUUUCUCCCGAGGAUGUGAACGACGUGCUGGAGGCGCAAGCUAAAGUUGCCCUGGCGCACAACGACCUUUCCACUUUUGAGGCUUUGAUGAUCAGGGCGCACAGGGCUGAAAUUGUCAUCCAACAAUAUAAGGAAAAUGGAAACUGGAUGGAAGCCCUUCGAGUGUGCAGGGAGCACCUUCCGGCGAAACUGGGCACCCUGGAAGCGCAGUACAAAAGAGAGACGGGACACCGAGGUCGUGGUGGCGGCGGUGAAGGGGCCACGGUGUUGGCCGAGGCUCGCAAACUCGAAGAGGCCGGACAGCAGCAAAGGGCCAUCGACCUGUUGCUGCGAGUGUCGCCCAAAAACUGCAACGACCCUACUGCGAUUGCAAAGGCGUGGGUCAGGGCCGUCGAAUUGGUCAUCAAGUACGCCGGGGAAGACGAGGCAAGGAAGAUCGCAAAAAAUUAUGGAUCUCAGCUAGUCGAAAUAGGCCAGCAUGCUGCGGCAGCCCAAAUUCUAUUGAGUGCCGAUUUGGUUCAGGAGGCGGUCGAAGUCCUCAUGGCCGCCGGCGAGUGGAACAAAGCGCGGAAAAUUGCUCAGCAGCUCGAGCCAAGUCUGGAAAAGUUUGUGGAAAAGGGGUACAAAUCUUGGUUGAAGUCGCAGGGCCAGACUGACCAGUUGGCCGACAUGGACGUGGCCGAGGCCAUCGAGAUGCUGGCCCAGCAAGAACAAUGGACCAAAUGCAAACAGGUGGCUCAGGAAAACGGGGGCCUCAGUACUUAUCUAGUCCUGCACGCUUCCCAUCUCCUCAAGACUGGCAAGCCUUUGGAAGCUCUGGAGGUGUACGCGAGUAACCAGCCAAUUCCAACCCUCGACUCUGGCACCCUGAGCACCGUUCGCAUGAUCGCCCUGGCCAUUCUCAGUCUGCCCAACCUUUCCGACGCCCAGAGCUACGAAAAAUGGGUCUCCCUACGCAACAUUUUGCUCCAAAUGAGCGAGGACUUUUACUCCACCCAGAAGUACCCUGAGAUCAGGACGCUGUUAACCCUUGCCCACUUUUGUGCGAUUCGAUCCGCCUGUCGCGGAGUUGAUGGUCUCGAGUCGCUGGCGGCCAAGCUUUCCAUCGCCCUGUUGCGCUUUACAGACGUCAUUCCUUCAGACAAGGCCUACUUUGAGGCUGGAAUGGACGCCAAGGCCCUCGGUUGGGACAGCGAGGCGUUUGUUUUCCUAAACCGACUGCUGGACGUGUGCGAAGCGAUUGAGGAAGUGGAAUCCGGCGGCGCCCCGACCCUUUUGGACGCGACCGACCUUCAAUGCACCGAUUUCCCAGUGGACGCGCCCCUUCCCCGGAAGAUGACCAUUUCCCACCAGGAGCUGGAGGAAGCCAGGGAGUGGCUGCUCGCCGUGUCCAUGGACCAAAAAAUUGACCAGAACUUGCCGCUGGACUUCAGGGGCGUUUACGCGGCGUGUCUGCAAGCAAAUGAAGCAGAGCCGCCAGUCGAGAUGUGCAUUUUGUCCGGGUGGCCGGUGCUGGACGACAGUGUCCAGCUGGGCAACAACGUGGCCAUCAAGCAGGAGUGGAAUAAUUUCCUGCUGGCGUCUCGAACAAGCCACGCAAUGCCUUUGGACGACGUGCUGAAGUUUUUGGCAAAGUGGUGCGGAAAAUUGCCAGAAGGAUUCCAACUUGGACUGAAAUAA